AAAUAUUACAAUAUCAUCACAAGAUGAGUUCAACAAUUAGAGCAUGGAGUGUGGCAGCUAGCGUUGGAGUUGUGGAAGCCUUGAAAGACCAAGGCAUCUGCAGGUGGAACCAUGGUUUAAGAUCAGUUCAACAGCAUGUCAAAAGCCAUGUUGGGUCAUUCUCUCAGGCAAAGAAGAUUUCUUCCUCUUCUUAUUCUUCCUCUUCUGCUAUGGUCUCCACAAGGCUAAAAAAUGAGAAGGCAAAGCAGUCAGAGGAAUCAUUGAAGAGGGUUAUGUACUUAAGCUGCUGGGGUCCCAACUAGAUAACAUAAGGCCAACAACAAAUUAUUCUUUUUCUUUCAAUUCUAGGAAUCAAGCUUGAGUCUCAAAAGAAAGAUGAGGGUUCAGAUUUCUGGGGUCGUAGAUUACUUGCCUGAUGAUGUUACAAUCAGUAUGUAAAUUUUGAUAAAUCAUAGUGUUCACCAUUAAUUACCAAAGUUUUACUUGUGUUAUUUAGUUUUCUUCCCACUUUCAUGCGCCUAAUUCUUUUUGAGGGUAUAAAAAGACGUUACAUUGAAAUUUGUCUAUUCAAACUGCUUUGAUUUCAAAAGUGGAAAAAAUGAGGUGGAGAUGGAGGUAUUACCUAUCUUCUUUGUUUAAUCAAUUUAAAAAAUCCAGGGCUCAUACUGAAAGAUCGAUUUAAUCACCGUUUAAGGGAGUGUUUAUAUAGGGUGUGUUUAUAUAGAUUCCAUCGUGAGAGUAUUGCUGAAAACAGAAAAGCAAACUAGACGCUACUUAAGUCUCUUGAUGCACUUCAAUAUCCAUGAGUUGAUUCUAUGAGAAAAGUAAUUUAAUGUAUUUGAGCUAUUGGGGUCCUUGUUGAUUUUGGAAUAUUGCAACUCAUUUGUUAAAGGUGACUAUCAUGUAAUUGAUCCACCAACGUCCGUUUUUCUCAUCAAGGCUAAGCAAUUUUAGCAGUAAACAGUAAAUGCAAAAAAAAAAAAAAAA